AGGAGAACCGAUCGUCCUCCCCUUUAAUUUCGAGGACGGGGGAAAAAAAUGGAGUCGCGGUGAACUGUAAAUUCAGAAAAAAGCCUGCAAAAAAUAUUCCGCUCUCAAGUGAGAACUGAAAGCGGCGCGCGGGGGCGAUGUAUAGGAGUGGGCCGCCGUCCACCAGCGGGGGUCUCGAAUAGUCGUUUGCCACGGUCGCAACGCGCGGGGGGGUAGUGGGAAGCUUUAAUGGAGAAUUGGGGGGGAAACUUCGAAUAUAGGAGACGUGAUGGAGAAAUAAAUCGGAGAGGCAAGUGAGGGGCGCUACGACUCUCAUCCAUCCGCGAGCUACUCGAACGUGAGGUCACCCAGCGGCUCCCCCACCGCACCCAAGCCUCUGGAAGGACCGGCCGAUCGACUGCUAGUCUGCCACCUCGGGGUGACCCGGGCCGCGGCAGGAGCGCGGGACUUGUUGCGUUUAAUUACACGAAAUUAGGAGCCGGGAGGACGAGGCGACAUGGAUGCAGCCUGGAGCAAUUUCCUAUUUCAGACUCAGCCUACGCAGGCUCAAGCGACGGACUCUCUGCAGGUGGAGCUUCUUCCUGUUCUGGAGGCCCCUCCGCCACCUCCGCCAGCCACCUCGAUCACCCCAAUAACUCCAUCUCCUCCCUCCACAGUGGACACCGCUGCCCUAAGCCAAGAGACCGAUUCGGGUGUGGAUGCCAGCUCUGUGAAUCGCGGACAGAAACGGCCAAGGGCCGUGGUGAGCCACAUCUGCUCCACCUGCUCCAAGCAAUUCAAGAAUGGCUACAACCUGCGGCGACACCAAGCAGUCCACACUGGGAUCAAGCGUGAGCAGAGGGAGCUGCCCAGAGUCCCCGUCAGUCUCCUUGAGCUUCCAGGCAGUGACGUCACCGCGGCGCUGCCCAUCACGGUCACACAGCAGCCUGCAGGCUCCAUUUCCACCGAGACGGUGACGGCCAAUGCCCAGCCCAUCCUGGGGGCUGCCGUGUUGGCGAGCGCCGUUCAAACUCCCGAGAGCAGUAACGCACGGCGUGUGAGGAAGAACCACGCGUGUGAGGCCUGUGGCAAAGCGUUCCGUGACGUCUACCACCUCAACCGACACAAGUUAUCCCACUCGGACGAAAAGCCUUUCGAGUGCCCCAUCUGCCAGCAGCGUUUCAAGAGGAAAGACCGCAUGAGCUACCAUGUGCGGUCCCACCAGGGGGGUGUGGAGAAGCCCUACGUAUGCCCACAUUGCGCCAAGGGCUUCUCUAGGCCAGACCACCUCAACAGCCAUGUACGGCAAGUUCAUUCCACGGAGAGACCCUUCAAGUGCCAGACCUGCGAGUCUGCCUUUGCCACAAAAGACCGCCUCCGGGCACACAUGAUCCGGCAUGAGGAGAAGGUGCCCUGCCACGUGUGCGGCAAGCUGCUGUCCGCCGCCUACAUCACUGACCACAUGAGGGUGCACAACCAAUCGCAGAACCACGUCUGUGAGACCUGCAACCGAGGUCCAGAUAGCACCUGUCCCCACUCAGCCAAUCAGAUUGACGUGAGUGUGGCCCAGAAUGCCACCCUGGAGAUGCAGUGCCCGCCCCCAGAGACAACAACCUCGUUGCCACAGGCCUGGUGAUUGGGGAAGGCCGAGGCGGUGCCACUGCGGGGGACAUGGCGCCGGGUCUCCUCUAUUGCAGACUGCCAAGAGGGUACCCUGGCCAAAGAGAUGCGGGGCACUUCGAUUUGCCUGAAUGCCAAGUGGUCAAACACAGGACUUAAUUAAGCAUCACACCAACCCCUUGCAGGACAGCCGGCAGGGGCCUCAGAAGGGUGUGUGGCACUUGUUGGACUUUGGUGCUGCCCCGGUCCGCUUGGCACGUUUUGUAAAGACCUGCUCCACCAUGUAAACGGCAUGCUGUACUACUUAUGUAUUUUUUCCCCGUUUUUUUUUAUUUUCUCUCUCCAAGCUUGAAUGUUUCAUUUCUCUUCUGUUUUUGGGUGGAGCCUCCCCAUGAGUGGCGGGCGUGGGCAGUGGAUUGCCAGUGCAUAUGACUGACCACUGUGGCCUCAUGCUGUCACUUUCCCCGUGACGCUCACAGAGGUCACGUUCCGCCAUACCCUAAAUGGUUAGUGUUUAUGAUCGUUCAGAUGGUGUUGGGUGGGGGCGUUGGAUGGAGCCUACUGUGUCGAUCCUUGCCAAGGGAAAAGGGGGCGGAGAAGUGUUGGCCGGCCCGCGUUUGACAAGCAAUGCCCACUGCCAACCUGUAGGCCUAUCAGGCUGGCCGGGAGCACCGACAAAGAAACGUGGACUGAGCACUGACCCUCCCCAACCUCAGGCCUCAGGCGCCCUGAAAACUUUCUGAAAAGAGAAAUGUGUACAUUCCUGUAAAGUCCACUUGCUCUGUUUCGUUCUCCUUGUGUCCGAAUGUUCUCCUGUACAUAGUAGAAUAAAAGGAUGCUGUCUUCAGACUCUG